GGCGCGCAGUAUUUACGUGUUUCCGGAGCCCGAUCUACGGCGCUGGGUUGGGUGGCUACCGCUCCCGUAGGCGUCCAGAGUGUCUGAGUUCGAGUGUUUGGCUUUGCCCCUUUCUGACCCUGCGCCAUGGGAGUGACUUGUGUGUCCCAGAUGCCUGUGGCUGAGGGCAAGAGUGUCCAGCAGACGGUGGAGCUCCUCACCAGAAAAUUGGAAAUGCUUGGGGCCGAGAAACAAGGAACGUUUUGUGUGGACUGCGAGACUUACCACACAGCUGCCUCCACGCUGGGCAGCCAAGGCCAGGCUGGGAAGCUGAUGUACGUGAUGCAUAACUCUGAGUACCCACUGAGCUGCUUUGCCCUCUUUGAGAAUGGUCCUUGCCUUACUGCUGACACCAACUUCGAUGUGCUCAUGGUGAAGCUCAAGGGCUUCUUCCAGAGUGCCAAGGCCAGCAAGAUUGAAACCCGGGGUACUCGCUACCAAUAUUGUGACUUCCUGGUGAAGGUUGGCACAGUUACAAUGGGGCCCAGUGCCCGUGGCAUCUCUGUGGAGGUGGAGUAUGGCCCUUGUGUGGUGGCUAGUGACUGCUGGAGCCUCCUGCUUGAGUUCCUACAGAGUUUUCUAGGUAACCACACGCCAGGGGCCCCCACAGUAUUUGGGAACAGACACGAUGCUGUCUAUGGGCCAGCAGAUACUAUGAUACAGUACAUGGAACUCUUCAACAAGAUCCGAAAACAACAGCAAGUGCCAGUGGCUGGGAUCCGUUAGUGACUGGCCCGCCUGCAAAGCUGUCACCAGGGUAUUUGCCUAGGAGGAGCAGGUGCUGUACUCAGGGUCCUAGGCCUCUGGCCCAGCUGGUUGCCAGCUGUAGCUUGUGUUCUGGGGCUUUGGGUUCCCCUCCUGACCCCAUCACAGCUGUUUUUUACUUCAUGCCUUAACUGGAUUUGGCUUGUCCUCAAGAAUGAUAAUUGUGAAGAAUGGAGACGUUUGGAACUUUCCUGCUGUAGGGUAAAAGGUAGGACAGGGUUGUCCCCUUCUGCACUGGAGUUGUUUGUGUCCCCAGGUCCUGAGGAUUUGGUAUAGGCCACAGUGGACCCCUUCUGUGUGUACCUGUGCUGUGUGGAGCACCCCUUUUGCUUAAGGAUGUAACUAGCCUCUGCUAGAGAAGAGAUUGUGGCGGGACUGGAUUGCUGUUGCUUUCAUCCUUUGAACUCUGUGAACUCCCUUUCUGUUUUGAAUUACAUGAACCAAGGUGUUGUAUUAUGCAGGCCAAGCUGUUGUAGCAGAACCAAAAGCACAGGGCUCUUACUACACAUUUUAUUUUCCUUUUCCCUAGUAGUUCAGAGGUAAUCCGUUCCCCAGAGCAGAGUGAACCCUACAAGGUUAACAGGAGCUGGGUUUCUUAUGCUUUUACUGUUCAGUCACCCUAGAAUGUUUUCCUUACCACAGAGCAAAGCAUGCUCAUCAGCUCUCCGUCCACAGUCUGCUGAGGAAAGAGAUAGAGGUGCUUUCCAGGGUUGCUUAAAUCACUGUGGACGUUUUCCUGAUACCACUGUUUAUUCAGGGUUUUCUGUGCUGUAUUUCACAAGCUGUCUUGUCUUACUUGAGUCUUGAAGUUAUUCAUGGACAUCAUUGCUUACCUACCUCACACCUGCUACAGAAACAUGUAACCAGGCUAACCUUUGAGGUACACAUAGGCAGGCUUGGAAAACUGUUAAUAUACAAAUUGUAGGAUGUCAGCAAGGAUUCUGUCCUCAGAGGACAGCUAAGCACUGCAGCUGAACAUGCAGCGUGUGUUUCUGCAGCAGCUGUGAGGCACUGGUCAUGCCUGCCUCCUCCCAGCUUUGGCUGCCAGGAAAGCUCAUCAUACCUUCCUGGCUGUUCAUCUGUUAUCCACAUUGUUCACUGUUACUUCCCCUUGCUUUUGUUGUUACUCAUUAUUUUAUUUUUGCUCUUUAAAAAUUGAGGUGUUUUAGAUACCCAAAUAAAAUUUACCAAUAUUCUA